AAGUGCAGUUUACAAAUACAGUUCACACUCAACACAAUGAGGCUGGUCAUCCUUGUGUGUCAGCUUGGCCUUAUUCUGAGGACCGAGGCACAGAUACCAUCCGCCUGCAUUGUUAGCAGUACAAACAGACCUCCAGAAAACUCAGACAUAACUGUGGUCUGCGGCACCGAGCGUAUGGAACUGAGCAUCUACCUUUGCCCAGUGUACCAAGCUCUUUACAACGAGUCACUGAUGGUCCUCAAUAAUCAGUAUAACAUACCUAAGUGUUUUGGGACUGCUGACUGGAGCGUUGACCCACCAGUCUUAAAAUUCAGAUUCCCCAUAAAUGAUAGUUCCAUCUCAUCCUGCAAUAAUAACUUUAAGAUAAUCAAUCAGGUUGGGAGUGGAGCGUUUGCUGACUUCUCAAAUGUCCAGUUCGUCAACAUCUCUGGCACUGUUACGUCUAUAGAUCCCUCUGCAGGUAUGAUCACCUAUCGCCCGCAGAUCCUGUACAAGUUCUCCUGCAUGUACCCGAUGCAGUAUCUACUAAACAACACUGAAGUGGCCGUAUCAGGUGCGAAUCUUGCCAUAAGAGACAACAAUGGUAGCUUCAUCAGCACACUGAGUAUGCGGCUCUACAAAGACGGACAGUACCAAGAGAUUCUUACUAUCCCACAAUCAGGACUCAACCUGAAGACCAAGAUUUAUGUUGCAGUUACGGCUACCAAUCUAACAGACAGGUUCAACGUGCUGCUGGACAGAUGCUACGCCACAACAAGUCCACAUCCCAUGCUCAAAACCUACUAUGACCUUUUUAUAGGGUGUACACGUGAUGCACAAACUAAGGUGGAGCUCAAUGGGGCGUCUCAGAGGGCACACUUCUCCUUUGAGGCCUUCAGAUUCGUGGAGCACAAAAAUCUGACAAUUUCCACUUUCUACCUGCACUGCGUCACCAGACUCUGUGAGGUAUCUUCGUGUCGCGGAUUAAUGCCUGACUGUGGAGUUGCCAGGAGAAAGAGAGAGGCCCAGGAGGUGUUGGCCAACGCUACAGUCACCUCGCCUGCCAUUGUUGUGGGAAAACAGAGCAGUGGAGAUGCUCAAACAUUAUCGGCUUCUUACGCUAUGCCAUCUGAGAACUACAGCAGCCCUGUGGUGGCUGUAAUUGUCUGCAUCGUCAUCCUAACUAUUGUCCUCGUCACCAUGGCUGUUUACGUUGCGCUGUACAUCAGACGUAGAAAACCAGUCAUUCAGUAACAUCCCCUCCCUGACUGAGAGUGGAGUCACUUCAACUAUCUUCCAAACUACCAGUUUAAUACUUCAUCAUCUACAAAGCAUGGCCGUUAUGCUGCAGAGAUAGUAAAACAAGCCAUGAGAAACAAUAGUCAGAAAUAUUAUACUGUCAAACUACUAUUUAGCUUUUCAAUUUCACAAACAGCAUUAUAACAAAAUGGUCAGCAGUAAUCUAGGCUUGCAACUUAAUAAUCAUUCUGACAGUUUAUUAAUGUGGAGAUGGGGGCACAGAAUCUGUACAAUAGUUGUGUAUUAUAAUUGUUAGUUUUAAUCAUGUUGUCAGAGUCGUAUUGAAGUAUUUAAUGAAUGGUGUCAUCUUUUGUAGUUAUAAAUGGUGUACUUUUAAAGAUUUUCCCCUCCGGGAUCAAUAAUUUCUGUUUCUGAUUCUGAUUUAAAAUGUUUUUAAUAAGAAUGAUGAAGAAAGUACUCAUGCUUUAUUCUUUGAUAAAACACACCAUUAAAUUCUUGAUUUUAA